AUGUCGCUAACGCGAGUUCUUGUGGCCGGUGCUGCCGUCCGUUUUCUUAUUCCCACGUUUUUACCUCACAUUGUUGAUAUUCUAGCGGGAACAGCCGAAGUCUCCACUCCAAUUGACUCGUUCCGGUCUUUACAGGAAGCAUUCUUCUACCUUGAUAAUGGCAUUGAUCUCUAUGAUGGUGCUAUGGUUCAUCAUCCUCCGAUUUUCGUGUCUCUCAUGAAGAGCGCCGGAGAUCUUGCUCCAGCAUAUGCCUAUAUAAUAUACAACGCGUUGUUCACCCUCGUGGAUUUGGGCACAGCAUAUAAGAUCACGAAAUUGAACACCUGGUACAAUCAGCAUCAAUCCCUGAGAUUGGGCCGUUCUGUGGAGGGCUUGUCACCACACUUGCUCGCUGCUUUCUACUUGUUCAACCCGUUGAUUGUGUUGACGAAUUGGGCCCAUUCUUCGGCCAUUUUCACUUACUUCAUGAUCGUGGAGCUGUUGGUGCAGGCGUUGGUGGACCACAACAUGUUUCGUGGAGCCAUUGCGUUAGGUGUGGCCGCUUACUUGUCAUUUGUCCCCAUAUAUCUAAUCGUGCCAUAUCUUGCCUUGGUCUAUGCCGUUUCGAAGCCGCGUGAUUGGAGAGUGCUGAUUUUGAAGUGCUUUUGCGUAUUUUUCUUUGCUGUGACGCUGUUGGUUCUAGUCUCGUUCGCUUUGACAGCACUGCCAGACUUCGUGAUUCAAUGCUAUUGGCUGGUUCUCUCGUUCCAGAAGUUUGCGCCAAACUUGGGCCUCUGGUGGUAUAUCUUUACAGAAAUGUUUGAUUUCUUCAAUCCGCUUUAUAAGGGGAUAUUUAACUUGUACAACUGUGUGUUCGUCGCACCAAUCGCCCUUCGCUUUUUUGAGAGCGCGAAAGAUAAGAAGACUGGCGAUUCUUUCCUCGCAUUCUACUUGUGUUUGCUUUGGGUAUCCUUCUCAAAAUCGUACCCUAUUGUUGGGGACUUGGGUUUAGCUGUGUCUAUGCUUCCCAUAUUCUCACAAACAGUGAUUCCGCACACAAAAUUCCUCUUUAUCAGCACUCUCACGCUCAUCGUCUGCUUGCUUUUAUCGCCCAUCUUCUACUAUUGUUGGAUUGUCUUGGGCAAUGGUAACAGUAACUUCUUCUACAGUAUGUCGCUCAUCAUGGGAGUGGUAUACAUCAUCUUAUUCUUGGAUAUCAUUUGGGGCCGCUUAGUCAUGGACUACAUCGAGACCAAUGAACCAAAGGAUCCCGCUAAGCUUCGUUUGACGCAGAUAUAG